AUGGCGGAAUGGAACCAGCUAAGAGCUGGUCUGGACCCUCCCACACCGACGCUCCGUGAAGCACUUCAGAAUCUUUAUAUCGAUAAGCGGCUGCUACCAGGUAUGGGCGAGUUCAGCCACAUCCUACUUAUUCAUGGCCUGUUCCACCGGACUUGGGAGGUAGAAGUGAUGGUCACCCAGAGCAUCUCGCAUUUUGAACCUUCGGCGCAAAAGCAAGCCAGCGACGAUCUACAGCCCAAGCUGCCAAUUUGGCCUCCUGGCGUUCCUUUUUUCAGCAGAUGGAGGAAUGCGGCCUGCGACUGCUUGGAUUUGCUGCAUUGGAGUGCUAAUGCAACCAUCGGAGCUGCAAGCGGUAUAGAGCACCCUACCGUCUUGCAUCUCCACCUGGCACGAAUUGUACUUUUAACACCCUUGAAUGACAUUGUUCUGUACUCUCACUACCUGAUUCGGUCAUCCGGCGAAGCGACCCGCCUUUUCCCCUCUGUGUCGUCCACAGAAGCUGAAGAGCAUCGACAAUUGAUCCAGCGAUGGGCAAUUCAAGACCAGUACAAGGCCCGACUGGCCGCAAUACAUGCCGGGGUCGUCUUUUGGCAUGUUCGACUCUACUCGAUCAACGGGUUUUAUGAAUCAACCGCUGUCGCCCUUGCCGCACUCGUGUUCUGGGCUCUCAGCGCUUUUUCGCCCAAGAAACCGAAAUUGAGAAAAGUGGGUGAUGAAGAAGGCACCUCUCCUCCUUCAUUAGACAUUUGCGACAUCAUCCUCAUUGACCGGCCCACUGAUGACGAGCUUGUGCAGCAAUUCGUCCGGCAGGGUCAUGCCAUGCGCGCCAACAUGACCGGCGUCGGAGACCUUUUUGGGCCCAAAGGGGCCCGGAAAGUACUCGCCGAAGGACAGAAAUUGUUGCUCACGCUGUCAAGCUGGAGGGGUAUCACGGAUUACUGGCUGAGAGUUCUCAACAGGCUAGAGAAGGUGACCGCAGCAGCGGGACUGGGAAGCCAACCUGCCGAGGUGGCGAUUGCAGCAGUAGAAUGA